CAAGUACCCGGGCAAGUACGCAGUGUGACUCUAACUUGGUACUUCAGAACUGCGGCCCUGUUAUAUCUAGACUAUCAAGCUGACGCGAGUCAUGGGCGCCGGUGAGUUUCGUCAAAGCUUCAGACAUGCCGCCACCGCAGAAUUGGCUAUAAACUCGGAUCUGAUGAAACCUUGAAUUUAAAUCACUACAAUGAAGGCCUCUAUCGCUAUACCUGACUCUCCAUCAAGCCUCUGGUCAACCGUCCGUUCGGUUGGCGCAUUCAAUGUCGCUUGCUCAUUUGCAGCACUGUGGGCUUUCGUCAAAGUAAUAAGGGUACUUCGCUGGCGAUUCAGGACCACUCAACUCCGUGGUCCACCUCGUACCAGCUUCGUAUAUGGUGUUUCGAACGACCUCGUCUCAUCUAAAGACAGUGCUACAAUGUAUGAACAUUGGGCUCAGGAAUAUGGGGUAGCGUACAUGAUUCCGUCAGUCCUCGGACAGACCAGGAUCGUGCUAAGUGACCCAAGAGCCAUCGCACAUUUUUAUGCUCGAGAAUCAUGGACCUAUGUACAGACGCCCCUUUCUCUGACAUUGAUAGAGAACCUGGUUGGCAGGGGGGUACUAUGGUCUCAGGGGGAAAGUCACAGGAGGCAGCGGAAGGCCCUUACUCCGGCGUUUAGUAAUGCAGCUAUUCGAAAACUCACAUCAGUAUUUUAUGAUUCAGCAUAUAAAGUAAAGAGUGCGUGGGAUACCGAUCUACAAUCGAGCAAAGAUGGGAAUGCUGUCAUUGAAGUUCAAAACUGGAUGAAUCAUAUUUCUUUGGAUACGAUUGGCAUUGCUGGUUUCUCCCAUGAUUUUGGCUCACUCGACGGAAAGCAUGCCAGCGUUACGGAAGUCUUUGAUACUUUCGGAAACAAACCAAAGGCCUCAGCAGUCAACAAAGUUCUUUUCCUGCUCGCUUCGGCGUUUCCUAUCGUUACCAAGAUUCCUAAUAGCCGGGUAAAGCUGAUAAAGAAACUCAACGCCACUAUGGGUGAAAUAUCCAAUGACUUGUUGGUUCGCAGUCGCCGGGAGAAACAGGCAGAAGAAGAAAAAUCCAUCAUCGGACUGCUGAUCAAAGCUGAAAAUCAGGAUGCCGAGCUCCGUAUGUCCGAGGACGAAGUAUUGGCUCAGAUGAAAGUCUUACUUCUCGCGGGUUACGAAACGACGUCGAUCAGUCUUACGGUAAGUUCACUGUUCAAUAACCUCUAUGCACGCUAUUCACGUAGUAAUCAGUGGGCGUUGAUCGAGUUGUCGCGACACCCCGAUGUUCAAACCAGACUCAGAGAGGAACUGCUUACAUUUGGUGCUGAUCCGACAUAUGACCAAUUAAAGGCCAACCUUCCAUACUUGGAUGCGGUUGUCCACGAAAUUCUACGACUCCAUCCUCCGGUAGUGGAGUUCAGUCGUGUUGCACGCGUAGAUGACGUGAUUCCCUUGAGUGAACCCGUGUGUACGGGGUCCGGGAAAAUGACGGACAGUAUAUCUGUAGCGAAGGGAUCCUUGUUCGUCAUCCCAAUCGAGGCAAUCAAUCGCUCUUUGGCCAUCUGGGGACCUCACGCAAAAGAAUUCAAGCCUGACCGUUGGCUCACCGAGGAUGGUAUCAGUGGGAAGGCCAAGGAAGUCCAAGGUCAUAGGCAUCUACUGACAUUCGUCGACGGCCCGAGGACGUGUCUUGGAAAAGAUUUUGCGCUUGCAGAAUUCAAGGCGGUUUUAUCGGUCUUGGUGAAGAACUUUGUGUAUGAAAUGCGGGAUGGACCAGAUACUCAGGUCGAGAUUGCGAGGGGAAUUUUGCCUCGCCCACGGGUUGUUGGAGAGGACAGUAUUGGAGUGCCUUUGAGAGUUCGUCGGUAUGAAUGACUGGUUGGACUGCACUGGCGGGUUCAGACAUUUUGCGGCCUGAGAUCUUUAUUCAAGGGGACAUUAUUCAUGAUGUGGACUUUGUAUAGCUGUGUAUCAUGCUCAGGCGGUUAGAGUGCAAGAUGAGUUUUGCUUUACUACCGGCAGUUGUAGAAUCUUGUAAGGUAACAGUUUAAAUUAGUAAUUUAUUUUGCAGAACUCACAUAAAAUAGACUAUACAAUGGUCCUAAUCAAUUGAACACGCUCCUGCAGGUUCUACUGAAAUUUCUAUCAUUUGAUAGCAAUAACAAUUCUGCCAGAUCAAUCAAAAUCGUGCUCACAAGUAUACGAAGGGUAAUAGAAGCGAAUCGUCGUCUCCCCCAUCCUCGAGUCAGAGACAUCAUUCGAGAUCCCCAGAAUAUCACAUAUCACCUCGUACAGCGUUUCUCCUUGCUCACCGCUGUUGUUGCUUACAGUAUCUAUGUCUGUCAGUGCA